AUGAGUCGGAUGGAAUCUGUUCAACAGUCCUCCCAAGCUCACACAGCCCUGCCUGGUGAUGUUGUCUCUGCUUUACACACGCUACAUGAAUUUGUUGCUACUGCGACGUCCAUCCCUCCGCAGGUAAUUGUUACUUGCAGAAAUGACAAACGUGCGUUUGGAAGAGCAGCGUUACAAGCCAUGAGCUACAGGAAAGCAGUCGAUAUGUUCAUAACCAGAUUUGCCACGAAAGAAGACUGGUGGAUAUCUGAGUUUCGGUACAAGCCCGAGGUCACGAUCUAUGGUCGAUUCUAUCGACAACAUGGCGAAGAGGAUGACGAUAUGGUCAUCCUCGAUGAGCGAGGGUGGUCCGAACUUGUUGGCAAUGUCGUGAAGCUAACGAUCGUCUUCACGUCGCUCAAAUUCAGCGUCACGGCGUAUGUUUUGGCUCCCAUGUUUGGCGUUCGAAUGAGCUGA